CUUCUCUCUCUCUCUCUUUCGACACUUUUUUCUCUUUCUACGACAACUUUUACAGUUUUUUUGUUCUUCUUUCUUUCUCUUUGGAGACAACAACAAAAACAAAAAAACAAGGUGAAAAUCUUUUUUAGUAACAAAAAAAAAAAAACAAACAGAAAUGUCGGAAGCAAAAGACCCGGCGAUCAAGCUCUUCGGGAAGACGAUCCCGGUCGGAUCCGGAGACUCCGCCGGAGCUCCGGCUUCAUCUUCUGGGGAUGUUGUCGAUGACAGUGUUGACCAGAAUCACUCUUCUUCCACCAACUCUUCGAGGGAGUCACACACGAACAGGGAUGCACAAGAGCAAGAGAUUGACAAGGACACAUUGGAGGAAAAACCAUCUAAUGAUAAGAAGGAAGAUGGAGCCCCCACCCAAUCAUUGGAAGAGUUCACCAAUCCAGAUACAGCCUCUAGGACUGAUGAAGAAUCUGUUACCCCAUCCACUGAGAGGGAGGCUACUAAAGUGAAAACUUCAAAGGCUGAAGAAGAACAGGGUGAGAUAGGCAAUUCACAGGAUAAGAACCUCAAAAAACCAGAUAAAAUACUGCCUUGUCCGCGUUGUAAUAACAUGGACACCAAAUUCUGCUACUACAAUAAUUACAAUGUCAACCAACCCCGCCACUUCUGCAAGAAUUGCCAGAGAUACUGGACUGCUGGUGGGACCAUGAGGAAUGUGCCUGUAGGUGCUGGUCGUAGGAAGAACAAGAACUCUGCUUCUCACUGUCACCACAUAACUGUCUCUGAAGCAGUACUCCAUAAUACUCUGACAGACUUGACAAAUGGAACUCAUCAUCCUUCGCUGAACUGCAAUGGUGCAGUCCUUACAUUUGGGUCUGAUACACCCUUGUGUGAAUCAAUGGAAUCUACUUUGAACCUUGCUGAUAAAGCGGUGCACAAUUACACAAAAAAUGGAUUUCAUAAACAUGAAGAACUAAGAAUUUCUGUCCCCCAUGCCAGUGGAGAAAAAAGAGAUGAUCAAUCCAAUAAAUCUUCGGAUACAUCCACAAAAUCAAUUGAAGGUGCAAGCGCCAAUAAGUCCCAAGAACAAACUAUGCAGAAUUGCCAGAGCUUCCCAUCACAAGUUCCCUACUUUUCUGGGGCCACUUGGCCUUUCCCAUGGAGUCCAGUGCAAUGGAGCUCUCCUGUACCACCACCUGCCUUUUGCCCUCCAGGCUUUACCAUGCCAUUCUAUCCUGCAACAGCUUAUUGGGGUUGUACUGUGUCAGGCGCAUGGAACAUCCCAUGGCUAGCACAACCAUCAUCACCAAAUGGUGCAACCUCUAACUCUGGCUCUAACUCCCCAACCUUAGGUAAACAUUCAAGGGAAGAGAACAUGCUUAAAUCAAAUGAUUCAAGCGGUGGAGAUGGACAUAGCAAAGAAAAUAACAAAGAAAAGUGCCUGUGGUUUCCAAAAACUUUGAGAAUUAAUGACUCGGGAGAAGCUGCAGAAAGUUCUAUAUGGACAACUCUCGGGAUUGCAAAUGAUAAGGCUGACUCAGUUCCCGGGGGAGGACUCUUUAAAGCAUUCCCUUCAAAGUUUGAUGAAAAGAAUCACUCUAUGCAAGCCUCACCAGUCUUGCAGGCCAAUCCAGCAGCCUUGUCUAGGUCACUUAACUUUCGUGAGACCUCAUAAACAUGUAGCUAAUAAAUUUGUAAUUGUGUUUUUGGUGAACUGUUCCUGAAGAAAUCACAAAUUGUAAAGCCACGCUGAUUCACCAGCCUUGUUUGUAAGAGUUAGUUCUUGCUGUCAGCCAACUGAAGAAGAACAAAGGAUGGUUCUUUCUGCAUUUCCUUCUAAGAAGAAGGAGCAUUCUUGUGUUUUGCGGAGUAUCUCCCCUUUCUUAAGUGACUUCUAGGCUGUUUUACUUUUACCCUCUUUCCUUUCAUUCAGAUGUUUUUUUUAGUUCCAUGUAUAUAUUUAAGUUCAUAUGACAUAGCGAGUUUGUUUUCCUAGAUCUCAGAUGUAUAUAAAUAAGAAUGGGAGUUCAAAUUGAACUUCUUGAUCUGGUUUCUUUCUUUCAGAAUGUAACACUAUGUUUUUCAUUGAC